AUGAUUCUGGGCCUCACCGAUCUCAAUCAAUCUAAUAUCUUCGUUGACGAAGAUUGGAACAUCAAGUGCCUCAUCGAUCUCGAAUGGGCAUGCUUCUCACCCAGUGGAAAUGAUUCAUCCUCCAUGCUGGCCAUUGACUUGAUCAGCAACGAUGACUAUGAACCUCUUCACAAACAAUUCAUGGAGGUCUUCGCAGAGGAGGAAGUGAAAAUCGGAUCACUGAUCCCUCUUUCUCCUAUCUUGCAACGGGGAUGGGAGAUUGGAACAUUUUGGUAUUCCUUUACGCUCAGUAGCCCUAUGGCGUUGUUCAAAAUCUUCUAUGACUUCAUUCAACCGAAGUUCUCGAGGACCCACGAUGAUCCGGCCUCCUGGCGGAUUACUAUGCCCUACUGGACAUUCAGUGCUUUGGGUUUGUUGAACACAAGGUGA